AUGGCACCUCAGGAUAAGGCCAAGCAGCCCAAGGAGGCUGCCCAGAAGGAAGAGACCUCCCAAGAGCAGCAGCCUCAGCAGCAAGAAGUGCAACAAGACACGGCCAAGCAGUCCAAGGAGGCACCUCAGAAGAAACAAGAACAAGCCAACGAGCCCGAGCCCCAACAGACAGCUGAGGCGGACAACCAGCCAGAAGCCGAGGCCGAGGAUGCUCAGGCUGAAGACCAGACCGAGGAGCAUGCCGAAGCACACGAGCCCGAGGCGGAAGAAGCCGAAGAGGAAGAACCUCCACAGGAGGGCGAAGAAGCUCAGGAGUACGAGCAAGAGCCCGAGGGUGAGGGGGAAGAGCAGUACGAGGACGACGACGGUAAACAACAAGCUGAGGCUGAGGAAGUCGAUGACCAAGAACAGCCCGCCGAGGACCAAGAGGAGCAGUAUGACGACGAGGGGCAAGAGCAGCAGGAAGAGUAUGCCGAUGACGAUCAGCAAGAGGAAGGUGUGGAAGGUGAGGAAGAAGCAGUCCAAGACGAGCCCGAACAAGACCAAGAAGAACAGUACGAGCCUGAGGGAGAGCAAGAGGAGGAGUACGAGCCUGAGCCGGAGAUGCAGCGAGAGGAGCAGCCUCAACAGGACGAGGCCUCGACGCCCGCAUCCUCGCAACCUCCCACUCCCAAGGACGAGGAGCAGCCGUACUACAUGAAGGACCAGGAGCAAGAGACCAAGAACCGCCAAAUGCAGAAGCGCCAACCCCGGCGCCAGAGGGAUAUGCAGAUGCAGCAGCAAAGCCAGCAGCAGAUGCAACAGUACCAGCAGCAGCAGAUGCAGCCACAGCCUCAGGGGGGCGGCGGCGGCGGCGGCAAGAACCCGCUCAGGCUGCGGCUAGAUCUGAACCUCGAGGUGGAGAUUGAGCUGAAGGCGCGGAUCCAUGGUGAUCUGACUCUCGCUUUGCUGUAA